AUGGAAGAAUGUUUAGCUCGGCAAAGAAGGCCUUUGAGCCAACUUAUAGACAGUAAUCAAGGUGAACUGUCAAAAUUGCUUACUGCCCCUUUAAAUUGGAACAAAAAAUGUGCUUGCAAUUUAAAGGGUAGUUAAAGAACCCAAAAAAUACAAAAUUUUAUAUAUAUUUUGUUCUAAUUUAAAGGAUAGGGGGAGUUAAUAAAUUUGAUAUGUGCAGAGAGAUUGUUUCAAGGAAUUUAAUCGAUGCAGUAAAAUAUGCAUACAUUGAGCAUCUAAUGCGCAUUUCAACUCCUUCAUCAGAAUCAAGAAAAGUGAUACAAACUUUUCCAAAAAAUCAACAAGCAAAGCUAAUGCCUUUGCUUGAAAAUCGUAACGAAAACUUAUGCUUUUUUUUGAUAAAUAGCUUCUUAAGACACUGGUUGGGAUUUAUUCAUAGUAAAUUAGGAUACAAGAUUCUCUUCACAAUCUUGAAGAAAUAGUUACAAAUCAAGAUUUAAAUCCUAUUCACCCAAUAAUCAAAUCUACAAAUUAUAGAUGGGAUGGGCGAAGACUUUUGGCUGAAGAAUUAUAUUUAUUUAAAAUGAAUAAAAGUAUUCUUACUGAUUAGCCAUUUUCAAAUUUAAAUAAGAGUGCAUGAUAACGGCAAACAGUAGGAAUGCUUAUAUUCUCUAUAAGUGGCUAUAGAUUAUCAAAGCGAAGGAUUAACUCCUAUUUGUUUUACAUUAUCAAUUAACCAAAAUAAUUAUAUUUUGUAUACACCCAACAUGACCUAUGUUGAUGGAUUUGACCCUUUUACUGGGGAAAAAAAUAUUCCGAUAAUUCCAGAUGAUAUGCUGAGGGUUUAUAGUAAAGGAUUCUUCGUGCUCUCAAAUAUUAGAUCAACUCAAUCCCAAACGGAUUUUGAGGAAAUGCCACGUAAAAAAAAGAAAAAUGCCGAACUCUCUAAAAAAUCAACUGAAGAAAAUGAAAGGCCUUCUUUAAUAAAAGAAGCUAGUGGAGUUGGCUUUAAUAAAAAUCCCUUUAAAAUACAAGAAGCACAAACAAAAUUUGAUGAAGUUACUUUAGAAAUUUCCAAAACACCGACGAAACCUCAAGAAGCUUUUGAGGAAACGGAAAUGGAGGAAGUCAGCAUAGAUUUAUUGCCAGAAAAGACAAAGCCAAGCUUACUGAAUCUCGAAGAGAUUGGAACAAAUUCUGAAGAAGAAGAAAGUGAAGAAGAGAGCGAUGAAGAUGAAGGCAUUACAACUUUUCCUACUAAUGAAUUGAGAACGUGGGAAAAAUAUGAUAAGCAGGCUGCAAAAAAACAAAGAUCAAGAGAUCAGUGCGCACCUAUAGAUGGCUGCACUAUAUCAUAG